UAAAGUAAUAAAUAAUCUAAUGAUUUAUUACAUACAAUGAAUAACUUUGACCGAAGUAAUAAAGUAACUGGAGUGUACUGGUUGAAAUCACCUAUAGAAAAUAUUACUAUAAAGAUAAGACUAAAACCUCAUGAAGGUAUUAAAACAUUACCUAAAUUCGAGACCUAUAAAAAUGACUCAAAUAACACCAUCCAACAAGUACAAAAUAAUAAAAUAGAGGAACACGAAUUCAAAUGGCAAGAGAAAGCAUUCAGUUUGCAUGAAUUACACCGGUACAGUGACAUACACAACUGUAUUUCAGAAAAUGAAUUAUCCUAUCAUGAUAUGUUAGAAGAAAAGGAUUAUCAACCUGACAAAUUAUUUACAUACAUUCAUCAUGAUUACCACUUACCAAUGCCAAUAAACAAAAUAAAAAAAACAAUAGGUGGCUCUGAUGUUCUAAAUUUGAAUUCUUGUCUGGAAAAAUUGAAUUUGAGUGAAAAAGUAUUUAGAGAAGAUACAAGCUCUAUGGCACAUUUGUUUAGAAGUGAGGAAAGUAUUGCCAGUGAGGAAAAAUGGACUGCUAUGCAUGUGAUGUAUGACAACUCAGAAUAUAAUGAAGACUCCCAACUGCUCCUAAAACAAGAGAUCACUCUCCUAUCUCUCUACCACAAUGUGUCCCAGAACUACCUGAUUGUGUCGCCUGAUGUGAGCAGCGUGGACUUGAACCCGUACCAGCUAGAGACGGGGUAUGAGUAUGCUGUGGAUGUGGACUUUGAAAGGGUUAAUGGAGAGGAAUUAUUAGUGCUGUUAAAAAAAUUGUCCAAGAAAUGGGAAAAACGUCACAAGCAGCAUUUGAAGUUUGUCAUGCCCCCGUUAGGCAGGAGACACCACUUUGUCACUGUGGAGAUCCUUUCGGCGACAGACUUUGAUUUGGAUAACUUGUAUGUGGAGUUUCAUAUUAAGGUGCCCGACGGGCUGCAGUGUUCAGACGCUCUGCACGGAAGAACGCACAUUUCCAAGUCUAGCACUAAUGGUAGUGAAGAGAAAUAUUGGAGUUUUGGACAUUUGGUGGAACUUACGUUAGAUGGGCCUCUGAAUACAGAAACACCACCUCUAAAAAUCUUCUUCGAAAUCAUCUCGACCGAUUGGUGGGGCCGGCAACGCACGGAAGGCUACAGCUACCUCCCUCUAACACUGCAGCCCGGCCAUUAUAACCGGCAUCUGUCCUGCUCUCGCCCUGAAGAGUUGAACCAUGUUACGGCUGAGAGUAGAAGGUUUUUUGUAGGGGGGUGCCACUUGAUUAGGGAUUUGGAGGUGCUGGCUAAACCUCAGAUGCAGGACGCAAAUUUCAAAUUCACCACCACCGGCACCCUCUUCGUCCGCUGGUCCACCAUCGCCCAGUCUCCCCUCCCCGGGUUCAAAGCUGCCCCCAGCCAAGUUUCCCACGCGUCGGCGUUAUUGAGAGGGGCCGAGGCGGUGUUGAGGCAGUAUAAAAGGGCGAGGGCCAGGUUGGCUGAGGCUACUAAAGAUUUAAACGGUGUUCAGGAGACUACUUUUGGGUCUGAUGAUGAUGAUUAAAC